AUGUCCUACGUCAAAAAGAAAAUCAGAGACGAAACCAUCCGAAAGUGGCAGGACAGUACCCGAGACCCUCGUACUAAUGAGCCGCUCAUAAUCAAUGAGAAGCAAAUACUCCUACAUGGAGAACGCGGCACCAAAGGAAUACGGUUGCGAGGUGUGGCCCUAUUCAUGAACACCAGCAGCGAAAGACUAGGGAUAGCCUUCUGCGAAAAAAGGAAUAGCAAAUGGCUCACUAUUUCACCGGGCCUAGCCUCCCUGAUCAAUGGCAGCACAUCCAGAACAAGCAUGCGACGCAAAGUCUAUGACGCACUACCAGACAUGAAACUGUUGGGUCGAAGCUGUCGAUUGUUGCGAACACGCAAUAAAACAAUCGCAAUGUUUUCCAGCGUCGACUCUAUAACUUGUUUUGCACAAGCAUGUGGGGUGCUGUCAGGCGUGGGUGAGUGGGGAGACGUAGAAGGCAUACAUUCCAGAAUAAUUAGCGUAGACGCUGCAGUGGUGGCUUAUGAAAAAGGGAAAACGGCAGACCUUAUGGGCUGUAUUAGGGCCUCAGAACAUCAUGAGGUCAUCGUGUACGAGGACAGGGGGGAAGAUUUGAGCUUCCUCAAGAGGUCAGUUCAGCGCCAGCUAAGGGUGGAUUCUCCAAGCGGCUCAGAGCGUUUACAGCAACAAUAUUUGCAACAGAGCGCUCUGCAACAACAACAGCGGGCCACCGAAAGGGAAAAUAAAAAACUACAGUCCCGAGGCAGAAUGUGGGCAAUAACAACAUCCAUAUGCUCAGUAACCGGACUCAUUGCGUCACCUUUCAGGAAAAAUGCAUCCAAGUCCACUCAUAGAUCGGAGAGCUGUCCCGCUCAAAUACAGUCUGCUCAUUCUAGGUCAUCCCCAACAAGAGCAGCUAUGGGCCACGUUUGUCCACCGAAGCUUCGACAAGCCACCACUCCCAGAGACCAUCUCAUAAACGCUUUUCUCGAGUUUGUCGCAGUAAUAGAAGCAACUAAACAGGUUAACUUGCGGAAUUGCGAAGCCAUCCUGCAGACUUAUCUGCAGGGUAACGAGCUGAUACUGGACGAUAGACUCGAAGCAGCAGAAGCAGUCAUAUACGACAAUAAUACAUCGAGAGUGCUGAGAGGAACCUCUAUAAGUCGUAGUAUGGCAGCUUACAACGCCACUGCAGGAUUUGUGUCUCUCGACGAGAAGGAAUCAAAUCGAUGCGGAGUAGUGAAGUUUAAAACUCCCCCCAACGAUUCCCUAGUGGUGGUUGCCAAGUGUACCAGGAUUAUGCUAGACGAUGGGAUAUUAGAAAUGGCAAAAUCCAUAUCGGAAUCCGGACCGGACGGCAUAACCUUUGAGAGCUGGUGCACUCCGAGGUUUCACUGGACGAACGGGGUCCCUGGAUGCGGUAAAACGACUUGGAUAGUGGAUCAAUUUGAUGCGGACAAAGAUUUAAUUGUCACCACAACAACUGAAGCAGCAAAUGACCUCAGAGGCAAACUAUCUUGCCGAUUUGGGGGACUACUAGUCAAAUCUAGGGUUCGAACAAUGGCGUCCAUCUUAGUAAACGGCUUGAAGGGGCGAGAGAGCUGCACUCGACUAAUGGUAGACGAGGCUCUUAUGAACCACUUUGGAGCGGUGGUGAUGGCUGCCCGAAUAACUUUAGCCAAGGAGGUCCUGCUAAUUGGUGACAUUAAUCAGCUCCCGUUCAUUGAUCGUGACAACCUCUUCCCUCUCCACUACGGCCGCCCUACACAUAUCACACCCAUAAGUCAGGAGUUGCUGUGUACCCACAGGAAUCCAAUGGACGUGGCCUAUGCCCUCAACACAGUUUACAGUGGCAUAUACUCGUCCAGGUCGGGCGUGAGAUCCCUGGAGACAAAAAGAUUCUCGGGAGCGAUGAUCCCAAAAUCACUCCCCGACACCUUAUACCUGGUACACACCCAGGCAGAAAAGGAAUCCCUUAAGAACCAGGGAUACGGGUCGGGCGAGGGAUCACGCAUUCUCACUAUACACGAGGCUCAGGGGCUUUCGUCCGCGAAGGUGGUAGUUGUGAACACAGCAACAAAGAGGCAGAAAAUUCAUGACAGCGUACCACAUGCAGUAGUUGCAAUAUCGCGUCACACACAUAGUUGCAUCUACUACACGGACAACUGUGAUGACGCGAUAAGCAAAUUGAUCAGAAGGGCUGCUGAAGAGAGCGACCAUAGGAUAAUGGACUACAACCUGAAAAUGGCCAUCAAACACAGAGACGCGGCAGUUCUGGGGGCGCUUUUGGGUGAGAAAUGUUCCUUGGACUAAAAUAAAAAUGUAUAUAGUGGGAGGUAAUGUGUAUGCGGAAAUCGUAAAUAAGUACAUAACUGCUAUAUACAUAAUUAUAUAAUUGUAAACUCUUUGACUUCUGUAAGCUCUGUUGAAGUCAGCCCACCCGACAGGGGUUGAGGCGUCAUGCACACAUAAAUGUCCUACAGUCGGUGGCGCUGUGUGUUAGGUUGUUCCGUUCCCAACAAAAUGGUUGACCGGAUCAAUUGCUGACACACACGUCAUACCCGUGAACGAGUGCCUUCUGCUGGGGCAGGUCGGCUCUCCCAGCGCGCCGGUGGACUGACUUGGCAGAGCCGCCGGUAAAUUUAAUUUAGUGGAUAAAAAAAAACAAAUAUGUUAAUCAUAAGUAUUUUUGUAGUUAUAAUCUAAUAGUUGUGUUUAAUUGUAGUGCGUAAGGUAGAUACCAUAUUGAUAAAAUUUAUUGUAAAAAGAAACACAAAUUGUAUGACAAGGGCACGGACCAAGAGUCCGUGGAGAACAAAUGUAAAUAAACAUAUAAAAAAAAAAAAAA